AUUGUUCGUCCGAUAUUGGCGUGAUUCGAGAUCACUGUCACUGCAGCAAGCAUGGAUCAGCAAUUCACCAAGAGCGUGUAUAGGAAGAAAUUUGAAGUUCUUAACAAACUAUGUCCUAAAUUUUGCCGAGCAGAAUGUGAAAGUUCAACCAAGAACAUUGCCUUCCUUAGACGAGCCGAUCCAGAGAAAUUAAGAACUGUCUUUGAUAAGUAUGCUUCGCAAGAAAACAGGCAUAGUGAAAAAUUUAUGACAGGAGAAGAUUUCCUAAUAAAAUACUUAGGAGUUGUCAAUGGAUCUGAUCUAAAUCAGAAAACUAUAAAUAUACUAUCUUCCUGUGCCGAUACUACAAAAGAUGGUCUUAUCUCCUUUGUGGAAUUUCAAGCUUUCGAAGCUUUGCUAUGUUCACCAGCAGCAAUGUAUGAAUUGGCUUUCCAGUUGUUCGAUACUAAUGGAAGUGGCUUUGUUACAUUUGACGAAUUUAAAGACGUAAUAAGUCAUACAACCAUUCAUAAGAGAAUUCCAUUCGAUUUUGAUUCUGAAUUUAUUAGGCUACAUUUUGGAACGGAUAAGAAGAGAAAUGUUAGCUUCUCUGAAUUUUCCCAAUUAUUACACGACUUUCACGAAGAGCAUGCUAUUCAAGCUUUUAGAAAGUUAGAUAAGGAUAAACGGGGUUAUAUUACAACUCUUGAGUUUCGUGAGAUAAUGACUUUACUAAAACCUCAUCUUUUAACUGAUUUUGUCAGAGAGAACUUGGUUCACUUGGCUGGAGGCGAGAGAUCUCAUCAAGUAACCUUUCAAUAUUUUACGGCUUUUGUUUCAUUGCUAAACAAUAUGGAAUUGGUUAAGAGAAUACACGAUUUUAUCAGUAAGGGAUACUCUUCGACCGAAAUAACUAAAGAGGAAUAUUUACAUGAAGCUCAAAAGUAUACCCAACUGACUCCUAUGGAAAUUGAUAUACUCUUUCAACUUACUGAUGUAUUACACCAAACAGGAAAAAUAUCAAUGGCUGAUCUGGAAGUGUUUGCUCCUCUGACAGAAGAAAGAAUGCCUCACACUAUUAUAGCCACACAUAUGGCAGAAAAGGUGCAAGAUUUGGCAGCGGGAACUGGACGAAAUGUUAUGAUACAAGUACUGGAAAAUUGUUACCGUUUCGGAUUAGGAGCAAUAGCCGGAGCAACUGGUGCUACGACAGUAUAUCCAAUAGAUUUGGUUAAAACUCGUAUGCAAAAUCAACGCUCCCUAUCUGUUAUUGGAGAAUUGAUGUACAAAAAUAGUUUCGAUUGCUUCAAAAAGGUUAUAAGACACGAAGGAGUUUUAGGUCUGUAUCGUGGUCUACCUCCUCAGUUGGUGGGUGUAGCUCCAGAAAAAGCUAUCAAACUUACUGUUAAUGACUUAAUGCGGGAUAAACUUAGCAACAAAAAUGGCGGUCUUCCUCUGUGGGCUGAGUGUGUUAGUGGUGGAACAGCUGGUGGCUGUCAAGUUUUGUUUACGAAUCCUUUAGAAAUAGUGAAAAUUCGAUUACAAGUUGCUGGAGAAGUUACGGCGGCUGUUGCCAAAAAAGAAUCAGCCAUUUCGGUUGUCAGAGACUUAGGAUUACUUGGUUUAUACAAGGGGGCACGUGCAUGUUUACUUCGUGAUAUACCAUUCUCAGCAAUCUACUUUCCUGCUUAUGCUCAUAUGAAAAAUUUUACGGCUGAUUCUAAAGGAUACAACUCACCGGUAUCUUUACUUGUAUCAGCCACAAUAGCCGGUGCACCAGCGGCAUCUUUAACCACACCUGCUGAUGUAAUAAAGACUAGGUUACAGGUUGUAGCCAGGGAAGGUCAAACAACCUAUAGCGGUCUCUUUGACUGCGCGGGUAAAAUUUAUAGAGAAGAAGGGUUCAGAGCGUUUUGGAAAGGAGCUGGCGCCCGAGUUUUAAGGUCAUCACCUCAAUUUGGCGUAACGCUAAUGGCUUACGAGUUACUACAAAGAUUCUUCUAUGUUGAUUUCGGUGGAAGACGACCGGCUGGAUCUGAACUCAAACCGUCGGCAGAAGAGAGAUUACCAGAGAAUCCAGAUCAUAUAGGUGGUUUUAGGGUUGCGUGUGCAACAUUUGAAGGAAUCGAAACAAAGUUUGGCAUCUCUUUCCCCAAAUUUAAGAAUGGACUGAUAUAA